GUAAUGCCUAGUAUGAACAAAAUUAGGGGCGGCUAGCUUGACUGCUACUUUACGAGUGGUGGCUGGCUUGACCGCAGACGUCGAGUCCGCAAUCGCACGCGUUUCCAUGUGCUGCAUAAAAAAACAAACAAAAAACCAUCCUGAAUUUGCACCGAAAGUGCUGAAUCCUGGUCACAAGCGGAAAGUGUUGUGAUCGCCUUGUGAAAAUGUGCGCAAGGACAGCAGAGUACGAGAAGGGCCUUUGUGCACCAAAAGACGAGAACGAGCCACGUCGUCAACUACUGAACGCUCUGUUCAAUCGGCAGCCUCGAAUUGUGCUACACAGAGCAGACAUCAGUGAAGGUCUUCGUCCUGAGCAGCAGGAGCCAGAGCACUCUCACAUUAAAGUGGAGUCGCAGUCCUCUUACAUGAAAAAAGAGGAGGAUGAAGAGCCCCUCCACAUCAAGAAAGAGGAAGAAGACUCCCCGUACAUCAAACAGGAAAAGGAGGAAGGGGAUAUCACCAAGUUGCCAUUGACUGGUGUCCCUUUGAAGAGUGAAGAUGAAGUUCAAAGUGAGGAGAAGAGAGGGGCGGAGCCUCCAAGCAGCAGCUCAAGUCAACACAUGACAACAGAAGAUGAUGGAGACCACUGUAGAGUAUCACAAGAAGAUGGCCUCUUAGCUCCACUAUCAGAUAGUGAUGACACAGCGUCACAUUCUCCUGACGAUGAUGAACAGUCUGAAGGUGAUAUGACAUGUCACACUGACAACAAACGAUGGAAAUGUUCUCAGUGUUGGAAAACUCUUGCUUCUAAGAAGAAUCUGAAACGGCACAUGAAAAUACACACUGGAGAGAAGGCUUUUGCCUGCUUAAUUUGUGAUCAAAGAUUCUCUGUAAAGAGUCACUUAAAAUUACACACAAGAACCCACACUGGUGAGAAACCUUUUUCCUGCUCACUUUGUGGCCAAAGAUUCUCUUCGAAGGGAGACGCAAAAAUACACACGAGAACACACACUAGUGAGAAACCUUUUUCCUGCGCAGAUUGCGGUCAAAGAUUCUCUGCGAAGGAAAACUUAAAAAAACACACAAGAACCCACACUGGUGAGAAACCUUUUUCUUGCUCAGUUUGCGGUCAAAGAUUCUCUUGGAAGGGAGACUUAGAAAGACACACAAGAACCCACACUGGUGAGAAACCUUUUUCUUGCUCAGUUUGCGGUCAAAGAUUCUCUUGGAAGGGAGUCUUAAAAAUACACAUAAGAACCCACACUGGUGAGAAACCUUAUGCCUGCUCAGUUUGUGGACAAAGAUUCUCUGUAAAGGGUCACUUAAAAAGUCACGCAAGAACCCACACUGGUGAGAAACCUUUUUCCUGCUCAGUUUGCAGUAACAGAUUCACUCAGAAGGGACAUUUAAAAAUACAUAUGAGAACCCACACUGGUGAGAAACCUUUUUCCUGCUCAGUUUGUGGCAAAAGAUUUGCUUGUAAGGGAUACUUAAAUAAACACAAUGGAAUACACACUGGUGAGAAAUCUUUUGCCUGCGCAGAUUGCGGUCAAAGAUUCAUUAACAAGGAAAGCUUUAAAAUACACACACUAUCCCACACUGGUGAUAAACCUUUUGCCUGCUCAGUUUGUGAUCGAAGAUUCUCUGUGAAGAAUCGCUUAGAAUGUCACACAAGAACCCACACUGGUGAGAAACCUUUUUCCUGCUCAGUUUGUGGUCAAAGAUUCUCUGCGAAGGGAGAUGUAAAAAUACACACACGAACACACACUGGUGAGAAACCUUUUGCCUGUGCAGAUUGCGGUCAAAGAUUCUCUGCGAAGGCAAACUUAAAAAAACACGCAAGAACACACACUAGUGAGAAACCUUUUUCCUGCGCAGAUUGCGGUCAAAGAUUCUAUGCGAAGGCAAACUUAAAAAAACACACAAGAACCCACACUGGUGAGAAACCUUUCGCCUGCGCAGAUUGCGGUCAAAGAUUCUCUGCGAAGGAAAUCUUAAAAAAACACACAAGAACCCACACUGGUGAGAAAGCUUUUGCCUGCUCAGUUUGUGAUAAAAGAUUCUCUGAAAAGAGUACCUUAAAAGGUCACACAAGAACCCACACUGGUGAGAAACCUUUUUCUUGCUCCGUUUGCGGUCAAAGAUUCUCUUGGAAAGGAGACUUAGAAAGACACACAAGAACCCACACUGGUGAGAAACCUUAUUCUUGCUCAGUUUGCGGUGAAAGAUUCUCUUGGAAGAGCACCUUAAAAAUACACACAAUAACACACACUGUUGAGAAACCUUUUUCCUGCUCAGUUGCAGUUAAAGAUUCACUCAGAAAGGACAUUUAAAAAUAUACACGAGACCGGGUUUUCUCCGGGCACUCCGGUUUCCUCCCACAUCCCAAAAACCUGCGUGGUAGGUUGAUUGAGGACUAAGCGGUAAAGAAAAUGGGUGGAUGGACAGUAAAGUGUGCUGGAUGAAAUGAUUUAGACAGAACAUUCUUGGGUUUCCAAAAGAUACAGUAGCUAUCAUUUUUGACAUUUUGUUUUCUUACAUUGUCAAUACGUGGCUUCCAACAGAGCUUGGCAUCGAUAAUCACGCCAAGGAAUUUAUUAUGUUAAACUUUUUCUAUCUUAAUGGAAUGUACUGUGGGUUUAACCUGGUGUCUUAUUUGUUUAGUGCCCAAAAUGAUCAAUUUAGUAUUGUUUAAAUGGAAUGAGAGCAAUUGUGGGGGGCUUGGACUAUGAACCUUCACCAUUAGCACAUAUUACCAAAUAUUUUUGGGGGGAGCUUGCUAAAUUUUUAGGGGGCCUAAAGAUAAAACAGCUAAGCCCUAAACUAGGAUUACAGAUUUCUCUGAAUGGUUGUACUAUUCUCUCUAUAAUGCUUUUUACUAAUACAAAUAGCAAUAUCAAAACAAUCAGUGUUUUUAUUUUUGAGUUUUGACAAUAUCUAGUCGUUAUAAUUUAGACCAUUCACAAACAGAGGAUGUUUUUUUUUUAUGUAUUUCCUGGAACUGGAAUUUCUUUUGCUAGGUCACAACCAAUAUGGACUUUCUCUUUGUCAAGCCAGGUUUCUGAUAUUGCAAUUAUAUUUACUACUUUGAAUUUAUUCAAAUCUUGAAUUUAAGUGACAGGCUUCUUCUAUUAACGUGUAUGAUAGAUAAUGCAUUUCCCAUUUUUGUUAAAAUGUUUUAUAUCAAAAUGAAUACUGAUUGACAAAAAUCGACAUAUUUGUAUUCUAUCUAACACGUGUUCUUUGUAUUUCUAAAGGCUUCCUGUGGACAAAUGUUAAAAAUUAGCACUAGUGCCAAAAUACUAAAUCAAUGCAUGCAUUCUGUUCAAUGUGUUAGUGAUGCCAAUUUCAAAUAAGCGAUUGAUUGAAGUCGAUUGUAAAGAAACUUUGACUUUUGGUAGUAAAGUGUACAGUAUGUGUGAUCCUUAAUAAAAGACACCUCUUCAGUGAAAUUA